CUUGAAACAAACUUCCCAAUAUUUUGAAUCUCCCUCUACAAAUUCUUCACACACAAAAAAAAAUGUCACAAUCCAUAGUUUCCCCUUUGAUUGGCAACAAUUGCCUUAUCUCACUGUUUCCGAAUCGUCGGCCACCAUCUACAUUUCCGGUCAGGCAACUCCAUCUUCCAAAUUUACAGUUAUCAGCCAGUAAAUCGCGGAGUUUUGACACUAAUGCAUUUGAUCUCAAUGGUACACGAGGAAUAGGUGACCUAUAUUUCCAUGAAGUUGAACUCAAAGUCAGGGACUAUGAAUUGGAUCAAUUUGGUGUUGUAAACAAUGCUACUUAUGCAAGUUAUUGUCAACAUUGCCGUCAUGAAUAUCUAGAAAGAAUUGGCCUAAGUGUUGAUGAAGUAUGUCGCAAUGGUGAUGCAUUAGCAACAACAGAAAUUUCACUCAAGUAUCUAGCACCUCUAAGGAGUGGAGAUAGAUUCGUCGUGAAGGUGAGAUUAUCCGGCUCUACAGCUGCUCGUUUGUAUUUCGAGCAUUUCAUCUUCAAGCUUCCAGAUCAAGAGCCUAUCUUGGAAGCAAGAGGAACAUCAGUGUGGCUUGAUAAAAGCUACCGUCCUGUUCGAAUUCCGUCAGAGUUCAGAUCAAAAUUUGAUCAGUUUAUUCAUCAGAAGGGAUCUAAUUACUAAUGUGUUUGUGAACAAAAUGCAGCAAGAGUUCUUCUGAGGUGAAAAUUUGUACUAUUUAUACAACUAAUGUAUUGGUCAAUAUCACUUUUGGUCCCUCGGUUUUUAAUAAAUUCUGAAUUUAGUCCUUGUGAUCUAGAUCUACCUUUACUCCACAUGUAGGGGUAAGGUUACGUACGUUCAGAACAUCCUCUUCAUACUCCACAUGUCGAGUUAUAUUGGAUAUAUAUGUUAUCGUUCUGAAUUUAGUCUUGUAAUAUUUAACUACAUUUGAUCUUCUAUUAAUUGAACCCCUUUACUUGUGAGUAUUUUAUAAAGUUACUAUAUAUGAUUAUCAA